CCUUUGAGCAGGGGCACUGCUACGAGCCCUUCGUCAAAUACGGGAACUUCACCACCAGCGACGCCACCUACGCCGUGGGCACCGCCGUGGAGUUCAGCUGCGACCCCGGCUACACCCUGGAGCAGGGCUCCAUCAUCAUCGAGUGCGUGGACCCCGGCGACCCGCAGUGGAACGAGACGGAGCCGGCGUGCCGAGCCGUGUGCAGCGGGGAGAUCACGGACUCGGCAGGGGGCGUGGUCUCCCCCCAACGGGCCGGGG